GUAUUAAAAUUUUCUUUGAAAAAAUGUCUGAAAAUCAGCCUACGUUCUUUUAUGGUGUUGCUUAUGGAUAUAAUCGUGGAGUGUUUUCAACAUAUAAGGAAGCUAUGGCUGCAAUGAAGGGAUUUCCACAAGCUGUUUACAAAAAGUUUAAAAAUCGCGAGGAUGCAGAAGAAUUUGUUCAGAAAUCUAAACCUGAUGCAACUUUAUUUGAUGCUAAGGAGACUGAUACUGACGAUAAAUUCUAUGCAGUUGCUCGUGGUCGUGUGAUUGGAAUAUUUAAGGAUCUUGAAACUGUCAAGAAGAAUACUCACGGAUUUCCAAAACCUAUGCACAAAAAAUUUGCAACUUUUGCUGAAGCAAAAAUUGAUGAAACGGCAAAAUCUCCUCGUAGGAAGCGAACGCAUGCAGAGACAACUGAUGGGAAUACUGAUUGGCCAGCAGUUAGGAAUGUUGCACGUAAACGUACAUCUGGCAAAGUUGGCGAUACUGACGAAUCUGAAGGUGGAGAAUUAGAUCAUACACAAAUAAUGAAUGAAUCGACUGAAGAUGAGGAAGGUGGAGGGGCUGAUCAGGAAGAAGAAGAGAAGGAGGGAGAGGAGGCUGUUUCUAAUAAAAAUAUGGACAAUAAAGACAAAAUUGAAAAUGGUGGGGAGGUUGAGGAAAAGAAAGUUGAGGAGGAGGGAGAUAAGAGUGAAGUUAUUAUGGAUGAGGGAAAGGGUCAAAAGGAUGAAGGAAAUCCAUCUAACGCUGUCGAAGAGCAACAGAAGCAUGCCAUAAUGGAAGAAUAA